AUGGUAAAUCUCACACAGUCCCUCGUGGACCAGCCUCGAGAGAGUCGGGCCCGGUCCAAAGCUGGCUGCCUGAUGUGUCGGUCGAAAAAGGUCAAGUGUGAUGAGGCCAGGCCUGUUUGUGGACGCUGCCGACGCCUACGGCUAAGCUGCACCUGGGGCGGCGCCGCACCUCCCUUGAAAGAGCGACGGCGAGGCUUCGGCCCGCUUCGCAGCAGAGAGAACUGGACUCCCAAACGAAUUGCGCCGAGGCGUCCGUUCCCUCUUGACCGCACAGUGUCUACUCCAAACCACGAUCAGAACGGAUUGGCGGCCAUGGUAGACGAGUACUGCCCUGGAGAACCUGGCACAAACCAAGCGAGCUGUCCGGAGAUGUUAUCGGCGUCGGCAGCGAAACAACAGUUGGCCUAUGACGAAGAUACGGGGACGGGGACGGGGACGGGGACCGGGACCGGGACCGGGACGGUAGACUUGGUCGACGAUGGCGGACCAUUGCCGGAGCCAGCAGCUGUCGAGCCAUUUGACUUUGCUGCCGAUUUCACAUUGCUGGAUGUUGACGGCGCGCUGGACAUGUCUAUGUCGACAUCUAACCUUCCGCUGGACUCUUUGGUGCUGGGCAGUGGCCAACUUAGGUUCUACGGGUACCCAUUGUCGAUCUCGGGUUGCUACACGCUUACGGACGACGACCAUCAUGCUCUGCAGCUGUAUCAGCACGGCCUGCGUCUCGCGCAGUCCACCAAACACCCGGACUGGUCGACCCACGCACUCCUGCUCCACUGCGGCGUGCAGGAUCCCAUGGUCAUGCACGCAUUACUUGCCCUGUCGUGCAUCGAGCUAGAACUGCUGUCGACCCAAGGCGGUGCCGCUACGAAACUGGCCGAGCACCACUGUCGCGCAGCAGUAUCAUUCCUUGUCGAGACGCUGCAAACCGGCUCGGACCAACAGCGGCACACGGCGGUCAUGACCACCUUCUACUUCCUGUACCUGUACCAACUGAAACGACGAUCCUCGAACAGCUUUGGGGAGCUCAGAAGACUGUCCAGGGCGGUGGCGGAGUACGUGAAAAGACAUCGACUCCCUCACCUCCUGGCCGGGUCGGACAGCACAGCUACGGGUUUGGACAUGGAUUGCUCGCUCCAGCAGGAGGAUCGAAGUCUUUUGGCCCGCAUCAUCAUGUUCAUCUUCUACCUCGACGUCCGUGUGGGCUUCAGCAACACCGGAGGCAUGCUUGCCUCAUACCUCCAAAAAGACUGCGACGUCACCGAGGCUGUUUAUACAUGUUCGUGCGAAUGUCUGAAAUUGAACUGGGGCCUCGCCUAUCCGGAGAACGAACUGCUUGACGACAUCGAAAAUGCCACCGUCCUCAACAUGGCCUUCGAGAUCCACAUCAUCUAUGAGAAGCUCAAUGAGAUGAGCUAUGGGGACGGAAAUGGGGUGGUCGAUUUGGGCCCCGGAGAUGGACACACUGACUCGAUCGCGAGGCAGCUGACAUGCCUCCAACAGAAGUAUAGCCUGGUGUUCCACCUGUCGUCUUCCUCCAUACUAAGCUCGACGAAGAGACUGGUUUCCAACGCCGGUUUCGUGGUUGCCAACUUCUACGCCAUAUGCAUCUAUCACUUUCGCUGUACGGGCAACAGCGUUGGGCCGGCCCCGGUGGCUGUGCAGGAUCAACUGCGGAAGCUACUCAACAUUGCUCAACGGAUGCUGCAAGCAGACCCGGCGCGACUGUACGAGUGGAUGGAAUGGCCGUUGUUCAUGGCGGGGAUCGAAACCGACGACCUCAUCUAUCGAGAAUGGAUCCACUCGAAGCUCCGGCCUGGAGUGCUGCGAACAGCUUGGGAGUUGACCAUUGAGGCCCAAGACAAAACUCAGCGUCGGCUGUCCAUGCGGCAGAUGCGGAGCUUCAUGUCUUCGCCCGACCAUGUCGGAAGUCGAAGUCUGUCGCUUCCAGGCCAGAGCUGCCCGUCGGCAAAUCCGACCAAUCACAUGUCCCAUGGGUCGCCAGAAGCGUCCAACGAGAACUAUGUUUUCGGGGGCCAGCUUACAUUCGGUGCCAUUUAA